AUGUUACGACCUAAAAGCUUAAUAGAGGAUUUGGUAGGCCCUUCAUCAAGAAGCUAUACUUGGCUGCCUUACUCCAAAUAUUCAUGUUAUCAAUGCGUAUCCACUAGCGAUAAUGAAGGAGACUGUAGUGAGAACGAUCUCGAGAAAUUGGCACCAUUUAAUAAGCCGUGUCCAACCUUAGAAGAAGGCACUUACGCAGGCUCGGAAGCUAAAGGUUGUCGGAAAAUAAUUCAGACCGUAGAAGCAAAGAAGUCAGUCAUUCGUGAGUGUGCGUAUACUGGAGAAACAGUAGAUGGAGUGAAAAAGACCGGUAACUGGGGUAUCAACAUGUACUACUAUCAAUGUGAAAACUCGGUGAGUUCGAAAUUGGCGAAUUGCCAAGCAUCGUUUCAUUCACUUUCUUCUUCUACCGCUGAUUUAUUAGUUGCUGACAAAUGUAGUCGUUGCAGUAAGAAACUGGUUUAUUGA